GUCGUAUUCUGGUAGUAAGUAGCAGCAAGCUGCGUUGAAUAGGUAGUUCUAAUCUAGAUAUGACUUUCCACUGAUUUUUGUUCUAAGGAACAACGCGCCACCUCGCCGCCUCUAGUCUUUCGCGAACCGGAGUGAGAAUAGCUGCAGCUUCGCGAUGAGUUGGGUACCCCUGGACCUCGCGUCGCUUUGCACCCCUCUGGCAAAUAUCACCGCAUGUCAGCCUUCGACUUUCAUGUUCCUGCAACUGGUGGUGCGUGUAUUCGGGAGACCCAAACCGCUGCCCAACGAGGGUGGAUUCCAACAGCCCCCGCUGAUCAAUUUCUUCGACCAUCAGCAGGGUGACUACGACUUUAUUAUUGUGGGGGCGGGCACUGCGGGGUGUGUGGUGGCUAAUCGGUUGAGCGGUGUCAACAAUUGGAGGGUUCUGCUUCUGGAGGCCGGCGAUGACGAGCCCCAGGCUGCAGACGUACCUUCCUUUGCCACCAUGAUGCAACAUUCCAACAUUGAUUGGGACUUCAGGACUCAACCCACACCCAGAGCAUGCAGGGCCAGGGUUCAGGGUCAAUGCUCUUGGGCCAGGGGAAGGGUCAUGGGUGGAUCUUCAACUAUCAACUUUCUCAUAUACUUCAGGGGCGGUCCCCGAGACUACGACGAAUGGGAAGCCAUGGGCAACCCUGGAUGGGGAUACCGUGACAUGCUUCCAACAUUCAUAGCCAUGGAACGAAAUGGAAACAUCGAAAGCGUGGACCCACGCUACCAUGGAACUGAUGGAGAUAUGUCCAUCCAAUACUUCCCUUAUCAAGACCAGAAUGUCUUUCAUUUCUUCAAUGCCUAUCAAGAGCUUGGCUUGGAGGUAUUUGAUCAGAACACCGAAAGGCAAAUCGGAACUAGUUUGAUUCAGACGUUCAGUCAGAAUGGGUUGAGAUUUACGUCAAAUGAUGCAUACAUAAGGCCGUUAAGGAACCAAAGACCAAACCUAGUAGUCCAAAGAAACGCUUACGUAACAAGGGUACUCAUAGACCAGAACAACAGAGCUUAUGGAGUAGAAUACGUCCAGAAUGGCCAGCUGCUACAAGCGACAGCCAGCAAGGAGGUUAUCCUGUCUGCUGGAUCAUUGAUGAACCCAAAAAUACUCAUGCUUAGUGGUGUGGGUCCUUCAAAUAUAUUGCAGCAAUUCAAUAUUCAGGUUAUCAAAGACUUGCCAGUGGGUCAGAAUCUACAGGACCAUACUACAACAGACGGAGUCGUAAUUGCUCUGAGCAACUUGACAGCUACAACAGCCACUGAUCAACAGAGAGUUAGGGAUGUAUUCACGUUCAGUCAAACCCAAAGAGGACCACUAGCUGGCACUGCUACACUCCAGGUAAAUGCGUUUGUGCAGACGAGGUACGAAAAUCAGCCAGAUAGACCUGAUAUCCAGUUUUCUUUGGAUCCUACGAAUGUCCGGGAUUUCUUUACUGAUCCAGUUUUGACAUCAGCAGCCACUGUGAGCCCAAGAGCUUAUUAUGACGGUGUAAUGGUGAGGCCAAUUCUCCUCAGCCCCGCUAGUAGAGGUUACGUCACUUUGAAUGUAACUGAUCCACUAUUCGGGCUCCCAUUGGUCUUUCCCAACACCUUCCAAGAAGACAUAGACCUCCGUAGGAUGGUCGAAGGCAUGAAGCAAGGAACCAGUAUAGCAAACACUCCAACAAUGAGACGUAUAGGCGCUAGGGUGGUGACUAUUCCUUUGCCUGCAUGUAGACACUUACCAUUUGGCACAGAUGAGUAUUGGGCUUGUGUUGCCAUGUCGUAUACCACGACCAUCUACCACCCUGUAGGUACUUGUAAGAUGGGUCCUGCCAACGACCCAACAGCGGUAGUCGAUCCAAGGUUAAGAGUGUACGGCAUAUCCAACCUAAGGGUCAUUGAUGCCUCCAUCAUGCCUACGAUCAUGAGGGCCAAUCCAGAGGCUGGUAUCCUUGCGAUUGGUCAAAAGGGAGCUGAGUUCGUCAUUACUGAUUGGAUACAGAGUGAAAGAUCAAAGACUAGUGGAUUCAGAUCGGAUCCUGGAAGAAAGCUAGGGUGGUUUGAGGGAAUAUUUAGCCGAUUUUGGUAGUGUAAGCUAUGCUGUGGUUAUAUUGUGAUCCUUUGUCUACAAAGCAGGCGAAAACAUUAGCAAUUAGCAAUAGAGAUGUAGAGCGCAUCAUGUACAUGAAUACUUGCACCGAGUAUGUUUCGAGGUGUUAGCUAGCAGGUUUACGUAGGAAAUUCAAAAAAGGAUUUAGCAGAAAAUGAGUUAACUGAAUAAAAUAUCGGAAACCCCAAGAUAGAGUAAAACGUAAAGUAAGAUAUCUAAGAGUUGGUUGGAUUUGCAGUGAAGCGUUCUACAGAUGCUGUGUUGCUCCAGAUUGGGUGCAUUAUUGUGGUAUAAAAUGAAGUUAUUGGUCAACAUUAUACAUAUUAAAAAUGGCUACACAGUUUUAAUUUGCUAAUUGAGUUUUUGAGAACAGCAACAUUAUGCUACGGCUUCAUCAAAAAUUAUAAGUUGCCCCAUAGGUCAUUAUUUAUUCACCAUGAGUGUUCAGUAUACUGACAAUUGCUCAGAAGGAUAUAGAAUUAGAUUUUGAUUCAACUUUGUUAUGGAAUGUGAUCAAUUUUCUUUCUCAAGGUACACUUUUUUUCGAAGUUACCACGUUUACUUAAAAUUACAAUUCUGUCUAAGCAGUAAGUUCCAGUAGUUACCACUUUGUACAUACAGGGGGUUUCUUAAUUGAACGUAAAUACUUGAGGGGGCGAAUUUGAGUCCAUUUUAAGAAGAAAAUUUCAUCUGAACGUAUGUCAUCAACUUCUUAGAUACAGGGCGGUUAAGUUUUAAGAACUAAAUCAUUUAUUUCUGUAAUAUCAGUUAAUUUUAAUUAAAUAUGGCAGACAUGUGACAUGUUUGUAUCAAGAGGCAUGUUUUAUGUAUUUUUUUAAUUUCCACCAGUGGACUUGUACGGAAUUCAGCCUGUGUAUUUUGACAGACAUUGAUGGCACGCCACUGAUUUCUCUUGAAGUGAAAAUUCUGCUUGAAAUCCCAAUCAUUCUUAAACAAAUCUUGAUUUUUGCAAUCCAGUGCACGGAUUUGGUAUAAAAAAAUAAAAUUCCGGCAAUAUGACAAUAUCAACUCGCAAACAGAUUUUAUCUUUUAAUGAAAACCAUGCGUCGGACUAAGAAAAUUCAUGAGAUCAAACCUAUUUAUAAAUGGAUAUAGAUAUCAUUUUUUUUUCAAAAGUCAGUAGCGUGGGAAAUGAUUUAUGUUUGAAAACCCUACCACUCGGACGCUUAGGACAUAAGUUCACAUGAAGUUUUUUGUUCAAAAUGGCCCCAAACAACUUUAAUGUCGAUUUAAUUAUGAAGCACCCUGUAUAAGAGUAUAGUUGAGUACUAAGGCCCGUAUCGUCAGUCGUCCCUACAAUUGUAGGGCGCGGUUAUGGCCUCCUUGAUUGUCAUACUCCUUUCUCUCCUUCAAAAAUUUCUAGAUUACACUUGUCCCGUGUCAGCGUCAGCGCUCUCCUAUUGUGAAGAUAUGUUUAAGCUGAUAAAACAUGAUAUAACUCAAAAGCAAGCAGAAUUUGAUGCAAAUAGAUGUUUGUGACAUAACCUCAAAAUAGAGCGCUGACACGGAGAAGUAGAAAACUAUGACAAUCAAGGAGGCCAUAAAGGCGCCCUACAAUUGUAGGGACGACUGACGAUACGGGCCUAAAAAAAGGAGUGAGUGACGUAACGCAGUGUGCGUCACUGUUAACGCUUGCCUACAAGUUACCAAGUUUGCUAUUUUAUGUCAUAUGUAAUGUUAAGUAUAGC